CCGCAUCCCUUGAGGAGGAGGCAACAAUAAAAUCAUUCCAUCGCACCUGACAGGACAUUACUCGAAACCAGCAAGCCUUCUCAGCGUGGAGCUAAAAACACCACACGCCGCUCUUUUGAGGUUUUUCUUUUUGUUUAUAUCGCUGGGAAAUCUUAGUCACGCAAGAAAAGGUGGAAGCUCGUGUCUCGGCAGCAACAGGUAGAGUCGCUCCUACAUUCCUUCGCAACAACAAACGACGACCUGCUUGUUGCCGAGGAGGACUACGGAAGUUACCUGCCUGAUCACAGGAACUCAAAGCGGCCCACCGAAGGACGUGGAAUUAUCCACGAGGAGACUUCGCAGACUCUCAAUUUAUGUCAUUUCCCCCCCUCUUAAUCAUGUCGGAAGUCUCGGGACACAGGAGGCAGCCUAGCAUCGAACUACUGGAGCGAAUGGGUGUUGUUCGAGAAAAUGGCCAUGACCAGAUACAGGGCCGUGCAGAGACGGACGGAGGGGCAGGUGCUCAGAGAUCAAAAGGGGCACAUGAACAAAUACAGUACAAUCCCCUCACAUACGACUAUGUGCUGGUUGCAAAAACAAGAGAGCACCUGGAUCGAGAGACCCUCAAGAAGCGAAACGAAUAUAUUGAGGAACUUAAAAAGAAGAAUUUUAAAAUUACAAAACUUAUAGACGAUGACCUGGUUUUCUUCGGUGUUCAAGCACCUCUGGAGAUUUUCGAGAAGUACAGAUAUUUGCUUAAGGUUUCUGAUGCCUGUAAUUGGAGUUCAGACCAGAACAAUUUGCCUCUCAGCACCAGAAUAAGAGUUGUCCACUUCAUCUUGAAUCACACACCUAUCGAGUCUGGAGAGGGUCUACGAGAACUCAUGAAGUCGAAAGUGUUUGAGGCGAGAUUUUGCCUGCAUGAGAAAAAGAAGCAGCGAGAGCUGACAGAGAGCUGGGCUCGAUGGACUGCUUGUUUCCAAGGGCAACCCAUUACUGCUGUCAGGAACUACUUCGGAGAGAAGGUGGCAUUGUACUACCUGUGGUUGGGCUGGUACACGUACAUGCUUAUCACUCCCGCUCUCAUCGGGGUCAUCGUUUUCCUCUACGGCAUUGCCUUCUUCAACACGUCGCCUCUCAUAAAAGAGGUCUGCGAUGCUGAUUUGGUCAUGUGCCCUCUGUGUGACAAGAGAUGCAAAGUGUGGCUGCUGUCUGACACGUGCACCUAUGCCAAGGUCAGCCUGCUUUUUGACAACGAUGGCACUGUGGUGUUUGCCAUGGUAAUGGCAGUAUGGGCCACACUGUUUUUGGAGUUCUGGAAAAGGCAUCGAACUUCAUAUGUGUCCGAAUGGAAGGUGUCUGAUUGGUGCGAGGAGGAGGAGGAACUAAUCUUGGAGAUUGUCAACAAUGUUAACUGUCAACCUAAGAAGUUCAAGCACUCCUAUCUACGCAGCUCUCUGGUUUUGAUCUGUGUAACAAUUAUGAUUCUGGUCAUCAUCGGUCUGACACAUGCGCUGGUGGUGUUCAGGGUGAUUGCAGCGGUCCAGUUGGCUGAGGGAUCAUGGGAGUUCAUUAACACGCAUGCCAACAGCAUAGCCAUGAUGCUGGGUGCCGUCCUCCAUUACCUAAUCAUCACAGUCAUGACACUGGUGAACAGGAUCGUAGCCAUGAAACUCUGUGAAAUAGAGAAAACUAGAUCCUUUGCUGCGACAGAGAGGAGUUUCACAGUCAAGAUGUUCACCUUUCAGUUCUUUACGUAUUUCUCCUCGCUUUUCUACGUCGCCUUUUUUCUCGGCAGGAUAAACGGCCAUCCUGGUCAUUAUGUGCGCAUUGCGAGUAAAUGGAGACUAGAAGAGUGUCACCCCAGUGGAUGUCUGACAGAUCUUUUUAUCCAAAUGGCCAUCAUAAUGGUCCUCAAGCAAACCAUUAACAAUGUCUUUGAGUUCACUGGCCCUUGGUUUGGCAAGUGGAUAAAAAGGAGAAGAACUAAAAAGCUUCAGAGAAGAUGUGCCCACUGCUACCUAAAAGAAGAAUCUCAGUCCAAACAUGGAGCCGAACUGUGCGAUAACUGCAAGCUGCGUGACUGGAUGAACAACUACCGCCUCAAUGAUGUCGACUCCUUCAGCCUCUUCAAAGAAUUCCUGGAGAUGGUGAUCCAGUUCAGCUUCACCACCAUAUUUGUGGCGGCGUUUCCUCUCGCUCCACUGCUGGCUCUCAUCAAUAACGUCAUUGAGAUUCGCCUGGAUGCCAUUAAGAUGGUCACUCUGGAGCGCAGACUGGUUCCGAAGAAAACCAAUGACAUUGGUGUGUGGAUUAAUUUGUUAGAGGCUAUCGGUGUGCUGGCUGUCAUCGCAAAUGGGUUGGUCAUCGGAGUGUCAUCGGACUUCAUCCCCCGACUGGUGUACCGUUACCGCUACGGACCUUGCGCCAAUGGCACUGUGACAGAUAUCGAUUGUAUGGUUGGCUACAUCAACAAUACACUAUCCAUUGCCACUGUGGAUAACCUGGAAAUCCGUAAGGAGUUUUCCCCUCAUCAGAUGGUAACUCCCAAUGGAAUGAAUGUCACUUCCUGCAGUUAUAAGGACUACAGGGACAGUGAGGAAUAUGAUCUCAAGCCACAAUUCUGGUUUAUUUUAGCCAUACGCUUUGCAUUUGUCAUUCUGUUUGAGCACAUCGUGGUCAUUUGCAAAUUUAUCGCGGCCUGGUUCGUACCGGCAGUACCCAUGCGAGUCAAGAAUGACAGUCUCUUUGAUAAACUCAAAAGACUAAAAGAAGAGCUCAGGUCACUCGAGGAGAGCCAACGCUGAAAUUUUGCUUUAGCAAAUGGAACGCGAACCCAGUGUUGCAUUGAAAGUGUCCCAAUGACAACAGUUGAGUCGAGUCAAGUUGCAAGCCAUUAAUCACCUUGUAGUGUUCGGAUAGAGCACUUCGGCUCUCUUGCUCUAUAUUGGCUGAGUGGACUCCCACCUACAGAAUGAGCCGACACAUCAUUGGACUAAACAAGUGCACAUUCACUUAUUUUGCUGUUGACUUCAAAUAUUGGUAUUCUAUUGUAAGAAUGCACUGAAUGUUUAUCUGAAUGUUUAUUUUCUAAUUGACUUGUGAAUUUAGUUUGUGGUUCUCGCAUUUUGAUAAUUUAUACUGCUGGUGCACAGUCUAUAUUGAUUGUAUUAUAAUGUUGCCUUAUAUUGUGAAAAGUGUUAAUUUUUGCUGAGAGACUGACAGAGGGCACGCCAAUGUUUUAUAAUGAAUAAAAGAAUGUCACCGAAACACGAGGAUAUAUUGAGUGUGCAGUAUGGGAGUGUUUUUUAAGUAUACAUAUUUGAAAAUGCACUUGUUUUUCACUGCCAUUGUAAUCAGCAUACAAUAGGCUCCCAUCUCAGCAAAAUAGUCAAAAAGAUUUAUCAUUUUUUGGCACUCUCUUCUUGCAUAACAUGAAGUGUGGAAAAGGUGAAAAAAUAAAAUAAAACAUCAACCUGCUAUAACUGUCAAGGUUUCUAUCAGAUAUACUUUAAAAAUUUGACAAGAAAAUGUGUUAGUGUUUUAGUGAAUAUAGUGAAUAUUGUGCAAGGAUUA